UUUGCUUGAGGCAAUCACAGUGGAGUGUUGAAAUGUCUUCUAGAAUCGUUCUAGAAUCCAAAUCGUAGUAUAGAUGUACUUUGAAUAUGAUGUACACAGUGUAAAACUUGGAGGGGUUGUUUUAAUUAAUAUGGAGCGAUCCAUCCAUCCUGUUAGAACUUUGACCAAGGAAGAACAGCUGAAACUAGAGAAGGAUACUACUCUGUUAUCUGAGUUCAAAAGGAAUAAGUUAGAAAAAGAAGCACAGAGAAAUUGGGAUUUAUUUUAUAAGAGAAAUUCAACUAAUUUUUAUAAGGAUAGACACUGGACAACAAGAGAAUUUGAAGAACUUCGGAAUGAGUCUAGUGAUGGUAGUAAAAAGAUUCUUCUAGAAGUUGGAUGUGGUGUUGGUAAUUUUCUUUUUCCGCUCCUUGAAGAAAAUCCACAUUUGUUUAUUUAUGCAUGUGACUUCUCUCCAAGAGCAGUGCAGUUUGUCAAGGACAAUGCUCGUUAUGAACCAUCAAGAAUUGAAGUGUUUCAGUGUGAUUUAACUACAGAUUUGUUAUCAUCUCGGAUAGUAGAUUGUAAUGUCAACAUUGUAACCAUGAUAUUCGUAUUGUCAGCCAUACACCCUGACAAGAUGGUACAAGUCGUUAGAAACAUACACACUGUUUUAAAACCAGGUGGUUGUGUACUGUUCCGUGAUUAUGGUUUAUUUGAUCAUGCUAUGUUGCGGUUUGCCCCGGGCCAUAAAUUGGGUGAUAAUUUCUAUGUGAGACAAGAUGGAACCAGAGCUUACUACUUCUCACAAGAAAUCCUCGGUCAGUUAUUCACUGAAGCUGGUUUUGAAAUUGUUAGUAACGAGUAUAUAUCUCGUGAGACUGUUAACAAAAAACAAGGACUCAGUGUUCCUAGAGUGUUUGUACAGGCAAAAUUUGUUAAAAGAAUUGUGUGUCACAAGAACGUUGGUGAAAUGAUGAACGAUUCCAAUUUCAAUGAAGCCAGUACAUCUCCUAGUUGACAUUCAAUUUAUCACAUAAAAAAACAAGACAUCAGCGUGUAAUAUAGAGGGCGCACUAUGUGUGAGUGAUUGCUGAUCAUCAGUUUAUUUGCUGAACUGUGAAAUGAAUAUUUUACUAACCUAUUAUUCAAUCAUGUUCACUUUUUUUAUAUGAUUCACUGCAUUAUUUAUUACAAAAUAAAAUCAUUUUAAAUGUACAAAUCAAACAAGCACGUUGUAUGUGCCAAAAACAAUUUAUUACAAAAUGUACACAUGCAUAAAAACAUAGAAUCUCAUGCGGAUGAAACAGCCUCCAACGAUAAAUAGUAUCAGAAGUCGAAAUUAACAGAAGUACACUCUGAAAAGCAGGUUGUCCACAUGAAAAUGGUUGUCCAAUCAUACUGUUUGAUAAAACUACUUUCCAGUACCUAAUAUUGUGUCAGAAUCCUUUCUUCCCUUUCGUAUUUGAAGACAAGUGAUAGUUAGGGUCAACUGCCAGUCUACCGGUAUAUAAUAAAAACACUCGGAAGGAAAUAAAGUGUGUCUAAACAGUCUGUUCAGCUUGA